AUGAAUACACAAAUUUCAUUUCUUGAUCCAAAUUCUUUUACAUUUCUUGAUAACGAUCUUGAAGAUCCACAAUUCACUACCACUGACCCAAACGCAGAGGAACUUCUUGGAAAUGCAAAAAAGCUACUUUCCGAAAAUCAAGUCAUUGCUAUACCGACAGAAACAGUUUAUGGCUUGGCUUCAAAUGCACUUUGUUCAGAAGCGAUUCAAAAAAUUUAUAUUGUAAAAAAUCGACCUUUGGAUAAUCCAUUAAUCGUUCAUAUUUCAUCAUUAAAAAUGUUAAAAAAAUAUUUAUUACCAGAUCACACAGAAAUUCCUAAAAUUUAUGAAUCUGUUAUAAAAAAAUUUUGGCCCGGCCCCUUAACAAUACUUUUACCAAAACCUGAAUCAAUUCCUUUAGAAGUCACUUGCAACCAACCUACUGUUGCUGUACGAUUUCCUUCGCAUCCAAUAGCUCGAGCUUUGAUAUCAACAUGUGGAUUUCCUUUAGCAGCCCCAUCAGCAAAUGCAUCGGGAAAGCCCUCACCGACUUUGGCGUCUCAUGUUUGGACAGAUUUAAAUAAUAAGGUUCCAUUAAUAAUUGAUGGUGGUCAAUGUAAUUUUGGCGUAGAAUCUACAGUUCUAGACGCGAUUAACUCUAAAGAUCCAAUUAUAUUACGCCCUGGAGGUGUUACUUUUGAGGCAUUGGUUCAAAUUCCGGGAUUUGAAAAUCUAAGGGUUUAUAGUAAGGACUUUAUUGACAAGAAACUUGAAAUAGCACCUACAACCCCUGGAAUGAAAUAUCGUCAUUAUUCCCCUAAUGCUAAAGUUGUAUUAAUUGAUCUUGAUGGUGAUAGGAUUAAAGCAAGAACUAUAUUGAAAAGGGAAGUUCAGAGAAUUAAGAAUGGUGGUGCGAAAAAAAUUGGAAUUUUAAUAUUUACAGAUAAUAUAAAUAUACAAAAUGAUGUGCAGGAAUCCAAGAUUAAUUUAAAUACUAAUACAUUAAUAAAUGAUUUUGAUUUACCAAAUAACAAUAAUACUAUAGAGUAUUCAUUAGGUAGUUCAAUUCAUCCCGAACAAGUUGCUAAGGAACUAUUUAAGGGAUUGAGAUAUCUUGAUGAACAUAAAGUAGAUUAUAUAGUUGUAGAAGGAAUCCCUGAGACGAAUGAAGGAUUGGCCGUAAUGAAUCGAUUAAGAAAGGCCGCUUCUACAAUCUUAAAAGAAUAA